AUUACAUUAACAGUUGGUAAAUUCAUGCCUCUCGCUAUCUCGUCUGCCCCCUAUCUCCUAAAAGAAAUAUAAAAGAAAAACAUCGUACCUGGUGAGGUCUGCAUUUCACAUUCAACAAAUGGGCUUCCCUUGAAUGAUGAUGCAUAAUUUUUAUAGAAUGAGGCGAAAUUAAGAGCAAAAUUGAAAACGGGUCCAUGUUGUGGUCUUGCCACCUGUGUCCCAAUGACAAACUUCACACUGCAUGAUACAGUUAAGACAUUGCUAAGCCUCAUUUAUUUAUGUCAUCAUGAAAUUUAUUAUUAAAGUUACAAUAAUGACUGGACUUGAAGACAGACAACCCCAUGGGAGCAGAGGAUGCUAGAAUCCCUCCACGCGCUGGGAGAAACUUCCCAAGAGUCCCCGUUGUGCCAGCACAGGACGUCACUGAGGGAUGUUUUCACCCUGUCUGUUAUUGCUGUGUCUCCUUUAAUCCCCUUAACAUCCUGCCGCAAUGAAGUUUAUAAACACAAGUUUGGGGGCGGAUCAACACCGAUACUGUCACAUAUUUAAGUCAACAGCUUAAACCCUUCAGCCUGCUUCCAACUUCUGACUACAAACUGCUCUGUGUCCUGCACCUUACAAAAGGAGUCUCACAGACAGUGGUGUGUCACUCUGAAGGCUGCUUCUACAGACCAUACCUUGGCAGAAAAAAAUCCAGAAUUUCAUGACCACCAUAGUGACUUUUCAAAACUAGCCUAUUACUCCAAAAUGCAGGAAGCCCCGGAGUGCACCACCAGCCCCAGCGGCAGCGGCAGCUCCUCAUUUUCCAGCCAGGCAGCAGCCAGCAUAAAAGAGGAGGAAGGCAGCUCGGAGAAAGAGCACCCACCAGAGGCUGAGUACAUUAGCUCCCGCUGUGUCCUCUUCACCUACUUCCAGGGAGACAUCAGCUCCGUGGUAGAUGAGCAUUUUAGCCGGGCCCUGAGCCAGCCCAGCAGCUAUGCGCCAAGCUGCGUCAGCAGCAAGAUGCCCCGAAGCUCCGGGUCCUGGAGAGAGGGGCCCUGCCCGAUGAGCCAGCGCGGACUCCCCGCAUCCUUCUGGGGCGGCGCGUACCCAGCGGCCCCUCUGGGCGCCCAGCUCGCCGCGCCCCCGGAGCUGCCCUUCGCCGCCGACCCCUACACCUCCGCCAGCGCGGCAGAGGCCUGGGCCCCGCACGCGCCCUAUGCGCUGGGCUCCGCGGUGCACGAGGUCUACGCACCGCGCCUGGACACGCGCUUCGGGCCGCUGCUGAUGCCCGCGCGCCCCCGCCUCGGCCCCGCGCCCCGCGGCCCAGCCUGCGAGCGCCCCGCGCGGCCAGAGCCACCCCCAGGGGCUUGGGCAGCGCCUCCUGCGCCGUUUGGGGGCCCUGCCGGGGACACUGGCCUGGGCCUGGGCGCCGACGCAGGUUUGCAGCUUCAGGACAAAAGCAAGGAUCUGUACUGGUUUUAGGCAGCCCACCUUCUCCCCUAGGUGCCUGCACGGUGCACGUUGUGGCCCCACGGUGAAGUGGAGUGGGUUUGUAACGGCUUCUGAUCUUGGUUUGCAGCUCGGCGCUACUCGCUCUGUGGUGCACCCCUUCUGAGCUGAUCGCUGAGGAGGGCCCCCUCUGCCCCUUCUACCAGCCAUGGAGGCUCCCGGAAGGGAAGGCAGAGGCUUCAAACUUCUCAGUGUACUGGGAAAACCAAAAACCACAUGUACAGAAAUGUCAUCCAGAAUUAAUCUCUCCUGCCAGAAGAGUAGACCCAGAGACUCUGAGCUAUGUUUAAUGACUUUGGCCAAAUCACUGGAAAUAUCUGCGGGGAAGCUGCUUACUUGGGUGAUCUGAUAUCAUAAGAUUUCUUGGAAUGGGGGAAAGCAAAAGAGACCUUUUGGUGUGAAUAUUUUUUAUGCUGAUGUGAAGUAUUUCAUUACGUAGUGUGGCCAUGGCGCUUCUGAUGUUCAGUGUCCUCAGAUUCAAGGCCUGCAACACAGACUGUGGCAGAGAAUCUCGAAGAAGCCGCUUCUUUCUUCCUCAGGCUUGGCCUCCAGCUCCCUCCGCCUUCCCACCGCACAACACCCACUCCAGACAGAAAGUUAGACUUUUUCCUCAGACUGCGAAUGCUGCUUCCUCAGUGUGAGUGGCAGGGGGCUGAUCGGGAGCCACCUGCCCCAGUCUUACUGAAAUUUUUGCAGCUGUUGUUGGACAACUGUUGAAAACUCCAGAAAUACAUCGAGCAAGGUGGCACUUCCAGUGUGUGGCAGGACAAUUGCAGUUGCACCAGAUAUAUUAUAUAUAUAUAUAUGUACAUAAAUCAUCUUUUUUAUAAGGCACAUUUUAUGAUGAGAGAUGAAACCCUGUUCUGCCUUCUCUCCUGCAAAUCCUGGCCCUCCUCUCCUCUGGAUGAAAAGCUACACAGGAGUCCCUACUGUCUUCCCGGAGAGGACCUAGGCAUCGCCACGUGAUGCUGUCCAUGGGGUCAGAACACUUCCCUUAGUUCUCUCUGUCUUAAGGUUGUGAUUGGUCACUUUUGUGUUGGGACAGGGGAAGGGGUCUGGGUACGGGCAAAGCUGAGGGUGAUGAGGAAGAUGAAACAAACAUUAAACUUGUCUGUUUACUAUGA